AUGUCGCGACAAGCACAGGUCGAAGAAGUUUACGACUCCGACCCCGAAGAGGUCGCUCCCUCUUCCGACGAUGAGCUACCUCCCCCCCUCACAGAUCAAUCCAUCCUCUCUGGUGCUGGUGUUCCCCCACCUGGAGGCUCUGCUUCGAUCCCAAUGAGACCCGCCCCCGAGCCGCAGCGCGAAAUCCCUAGACACUACCAGUGCUUGUACCCGGUUUACUUCGACAAGACCCGGUCGCGGGCAGAAGGCCGCAAGGUUGGAGUUGAAUUGGCGGUUGAGAACCCGUUGGCGAGAGAUAUUGUGGAUGCUGCGCAGAUGUUGGGGCUACAGGUGGGAUUUGAGCCAGAGAAGUUACACCCUAAGGAUUGGGCGAAUCCGGGACGGGUGCGGGUGUUGUUGAAGAAUGAGGGUGGGAAGUUGGCGAAUCCCAAGAUUAAGAACAAACACCACCUCUAUAUCCUCGUUGCGCAAUAUCUCAAAGCCAAUCCCACCACCGAGCAAUCACCUUACCGCUUGAGAAUCAGAGGUCUCCCCACUCCCGAGAAACUCCCCGCUGCUCCCCAAGCCCCCAGAGGUUGGAAAAUCGGCAAGAUCCUCCCCAUACACUCCCCCGCUUACAGUGGUGGCGGCGUUAGCGACAAUCCUCUCAAGGACGCUAUGGCAGAGAUGCAAAACCUGCAGGGUAUGCCUGGGAUGCCACAAAUUCCAGGAAUGCCGGACAUGUCGGCAAUGAUGGGCGGCGAGCCGUCGUCCGCAGGCGACCCAAAACCAUUUCAGGAUUCCACAUCGACUACGAGCAAAAGUAGAGGAGGUGCAUCGACAAGUGGUCGACAGAUCACGCGCAAUCGCGCCAGUUAUAGCUGCCACAGUUGUCGGCGGCGGAAGGUGAAAUGUGAUAAGGUCCAUCCAGUAUGCGGGAAUUGUGCGAAGAACGGAAACGAAUGCGUAUACGAUGCCGCGCCACAGAGAGACACCGGAUCGCGCUCGAGACAAGCAAAAGGUGGUGGACAAGGAGUCAAACGGAGGAGGGAGACAUCGCGGCCAUUUGAGGAGGACGUUGAUGAAAUACAAUCCAUUUACGGCGAUUUACGGCAGGCUAGGUCGCCUGAACAAAAGCCUGGUUCGCAAGCGAUUGAGGCGCGACUCGCCAACCUUACGUCGAUGAUUGAACGCCUGAGCAAGUCCAACCAGCCGCUCGAUUCUACGGAAAGACAACUUUUAGCGGAGGAUAUCAAUCUGGAGACUGCCCCGGGGCAUACUGGACAAAGUAGCGGACAGGCGAAGCCGACUAUGGCUUCUCGUCCUGCUAGCCCGCGUCGCGUGACUGAUUCGAGCAAUGAUGAAUUUCCGAUUCCCUCUGGGCAUGCGACAGAUCUGGUCGAUCCUGUGGGUAGCUUGAACCUGGGCCAUCUGAGUCUCGAGGAUGGAGGGAAAUCGAGAUACGUCGGCACCACUUAUUGGGCUUAUAUAUCGCAGGAAAUCACCGACCUCAAUCAGUUGCUAAGAGACCAGAACCGCUCACAUGCGAUUUCUGCCAACAACAGCUGGACCGACGAACCAAUGGCGGAUUCAACAGCCAAGACGCCAGGAGAUACAUGGAAGGCAUCUGACGGGUCUAGCGGACCGAGUGACCGAUUAUCGAGCGGAAACACGCCCCAGAAGCUGUUUAUUUCUCCUGGAGAAUCUCCAGAUGUGAAGGAGAGAUUAGUGGAGCCGGAAAUGCUCGAGCGCAUGCCAACCAAGCGACAGAGUCAUAUCUUAUACAAAGGGUUUAUGUCGGGUGUACAUGCUAUUAGUCCGGUUAUUCAUCCGCCUACGAUUUUGAAGUUAUACAAUGCUUUUUGGGAUUGGUACGAUUAUAGCAGUUACUCUGGAGAGCCAUGUCCAGAUCCUUCGUUUGUUCCGUUAUUAUAUGCCAUUUGGUAUGGUGGUUCAGUCACCGUGUCGAUGCGGACUCUCCAGGCUGAGUUCAAUGUUAACUCUCGAUCCGCGCUUUCAAAAACAUUCAACGAAGAGGUGACGCGGUGGCUGACUAAAAUAUCAUUCCCACGAAGUACAUCAUUACAAGGCCUGGCAGCAUAUCUAUUGGUUCAGACCAUUCUUUCCAAAGAGGAAGAACCCUUAACCAGCAGUCUUUUUAUUAGCCUUGCCAUGCGUGUCGCGCAAACUAUGGGCUUACAUCGGGAUCCAGCAAAAUUUGGCAUCGAGCCCUGUGAAGCCGAAUAUCGCCGUCGGUUAUGGUGGCAUAUCGUGCACAUGGACGGCGUCGUCGCGAUGUCCAGUGGAUUGCCGCCACUGGUUAGUGAUGAGAAUUACUGGGAUGUACGGGACCCCAGUGAGCUUAAAGAUACACUCCUAGGCACACCCGAGGCAGAGCAAUACGAGCAGCUUGUGUCUGCCAAUAUGCGGCUACGAGACAAUCCAGAUGAGCCGACAAUUUGUGGCGGGCCAUCUUUGGUGAAUGUCUAUUAUUUGUCUGCUAGGGGGAAAUAUGUUAUGGCGCGGGCUGUUCGCCGGAUAUUAAAGAUCCAGCUCGGAACCAAACCAGUAAUGAGACGGGACAUGGAAGAUCUCAGAUCCAUACUCCUCGACCUGCAACUUCAACUAAACUCGAUCGUGAAUAGAAUUCCAGACGUUAUGAGUCUGGAGACGGCCUCUGUAUCUGACGAUUCACCGUCUUAUUCCUCACGAUCUCCGGUUGAAGUAAGGACCACUGAUACAGAGCUUCCAGGUGAAGGGCCCAAUCGUUGUCCGGAGCAAUACCAUUCUCCUGUUCUUGUUGCUUUUCACAAGUGGGCAAGGAUAUUACUGUCCUUAUUCAUUGAUAAGGCAUUCUGCGUCGCAUACCAACCAUUUCUCAAAAACGCCAAAAGCCGUAUCUGGCCAUCCGCACGACAGAGCGCCCUCCGCCACUGUCACGGCUUUAUGGAAAAGUUCAUCUCCCUCGCCAGCGACCCCGACUUCCAACCUUUUCAAUGGAGCUGGCCCGGCAACCACCAACCCAUGCACGCAACAAUGAUCAUGCUCAUCGACCUUUACGAACGUCCACACAGCCAAGAAGCCUUUAAAUCCCGCGCUCUCAUAGAUCAAAUCUUCUCACUCUCCGGACCUGACGGUGGCGUUGUCGGUGGUGAAGAUGGCGUCUCGACACAACGACCCUUGAAGGACGGAGGCCGCGAAGCAUGGGAUAUGAUUCGACGUCUGCGCCAGAAAGCAUGGCAGAAGGCUGGUCUUAACCCGCAACGGCUCUGGACUGAACACGCACAGAUUCAAGCAGGUGUUGUUCCUGGGCCGGAUGAGUACUCGUGUUUCGCGGAUUCGAGACAAGUGCCGGUGGACCGACAGUUAUCGGACUUCUCGAAGACGUUCCACAAUAUGACAAGGAAUCAUAUGCUUCCAAACCCUGUGUCGAGCGUUAGACCUAGUCCGCUGCGUUACCAGCUUCCUCCACCGAUACCGAGUUCUCUUCCGGCUACGCCACAGUUUCCUCAUUCCCCGGGUGCUGCACCACUACCACCUCCUACCCGUUCUCUCGAUGCGACUUUAGCCGGAUCCACUGUGUCAUCGCCGGAGAGUCUCCCGCCACUAAGUACUAUCUCUUACACACCACCGCAACAACCGCAAUUACAACCCCAACCUCAACCUCAACCCCCCACCGGGGUAACAACCACCACACCACCACCAAGCGGCUUCUCCUUCAUAAACACCCUCCCCUUCUCCCCAAGCGCACAAUCAAUAUCUAUGCCCACCGCAGUCCCCACACCCCCGUCAAUGGUCGAUCCGAACCUGAACAAUUUCGACUGGGAUCAGUGGGAUGCAGUGUUUGGGCAGCAUUUGCCUGUUGCGGAUGAGUUGAUGGAGUUGGAUCCGGUUGUGGGGUUUGAGUUUGCGGAUAUGGGGGGUGCGGGUGCGGGUGGAAACGGGGGUGGGUUUUGA